CGUUCCUAACCUUCAUCACACUGUGGACUGUUUGUUCUGUUGCAUUUGCAUGUGGUGCCAUUUUCCAUUUCCAGAACCUUUUUUUUUCCUGAAUUGUUUUCCUUUUCUAUCAUUUUCUCUUUCUCUCGAUCAUCACUCUCUCUGAAAAAUCAUGGUGGGUUUCUCUUUCUGAAGGAAUAUAAUUGCGGGAGCUUUCAAGCCCCCAUGCAAGAUCUCAAUCUGUCUUGCUGAUGGAAGUACUCCCAAGCAGUCUAUUCAUGUGAAAGUUGGACCUCUGUAUGAGUAUCUCAAUAAGAAGAUUUUCAUAAAGGAAGCUCCUUCUGGCCCUUUUCAUCACAAAGGGGUUUCGGAGUCAGAGUACCGUACGUACCCAGUUAAACAUUUUACUUAUCACUGUCAUAAAUGGUUCGCAACUGCAAUUGUGGAUGCAAUUGUCAAGAUUUUUGGGUAUCUGUAACCGCAUUGGGACCACAAUUGUGGCUGGAUCAGCUAUAUUUGUUUGCAAUUUUCCACAAUAUCAAGGAUUAUGGCUAAAUCACAACCACAACUUCAAUUUAAAACUUUGGACUCACGGAAUAUCUAAAUGGUUUCAAUAUCUGAAUCCAUGUGGGUUUCUAUGUUUGGUCCUAACUCCUAAUCUGACCCACAUAUGACAUGAAAUUAUAAGGUUCGCAUAAAGAAGGAAAAUGGCCAAAUGGUCAUGGUUCCUCUCUUUCAAAGUCAGGAGAAUAUAGUUGGGGAGGUUAUUAUUGAACCUUCAAAUGGGAAGAAGGUUGAACAUAAUGGUGUAAAAAUUGAGCUUCUUGGUCAAAUAGAGUUAUAUUUUGAUAGAGGCAACUUCUAUGACUUUAGUUCUCUUGUACGCGAACUUGAUGUUCCUGGCAACUUGUAUGAAAGGAAAACAUACCCGUUUGAAUUCUCUACUGUUGAAAUGCCGUAUGAAUCAUACAAUGGAAUCAAUGUUAGGCUUAGGUACAUUUUGAAAGUGACAAUUAGUCGAAAUUAUGUCAACAACAUUGUGGAAUACAUGGAUUUUGUUGUACGCAAUUAUGCUCCAGCUCCACCUAUUAAUAACAGCAUUAAGAUGGAAGUAGGAAUUGAAGAAUGCUUACACAUAGAGUUUGAAUACGGCAAGAGCAAGUAUCAUCUGAAGGAUGUCAUUGUUGGCAAAAUAUAUUUUCUUCUGGUGAGAAUCAAAAUAAAAACCAUGGAACUCGAAGUCAGGCGCCGAGAGUCAACUGGAUCUGGGACCAAUACAUAUGUUGAGACAGAGACCCUUUCAAAGUUUGAGUUGAUGGAUGGUGUUCCAGUCCGAGGAGAAUCAAUUCCUGUGAGAUUGUUCCUCAGUCCAUAUGAGUUGACCCCUACAUACCACAACAUCAAUAACAAGUUCAGUGUGAAGUAUUUUCUAAAUCUUGUUCUUGUGGAUGAAGAGGACAGACGGUACUUCAAGCAGCAAGAAAUCACAGUAUAUCGGCUAAGUGAAAACUCCUGAUUCUUAUGCCACCGGAUUAUUAGGAUUUCUUCUGUUUUUGUCACCACUUGUUCUGAGUGGAAAGUUUUCUAAUAAUUUUACUGUAGUUACUAGAAAGUGGGUAAUAGGGGUAUUAUUCUAUUCUAUUUAAAAAACUUCCUUCACGGGUAUGGAACAAACUAUUUCCUAAUUUUUAACAUUUUAACAUCCAACUUGACUUAUUUUACACUACAAAUGAAUUCCAUAAUACAUACCGUA